UUGUUCCCUAUGAGUUAAUAGUGUUUAAAGUAACUUUUGCAUGUACAUGCGUCACAUUUGUAAGUUACCAAGCAACCAAACUAUGCUUCCAUAAAAAGUCCACGGAGAAAGUUCGUAAUGUUGAUGAAUAUUAUUUGGAAGCAGUGUUCAGAGAUACAGCAACAGGACCAUUCGAGCUCAAACCUCAGUACAAGACCGCAUGGCGUUCUGUCAGUCCAUUGUCACUGUGAAAAGGAAAAAAAUUAUUCAAAAUUUCAAAAAUGAGCGAAUGUUGUUUUAUGCCACAGUAACCGGGGCUCAAAUGUGGCUCAGACAUAAAAUUAUUUUCUGUUUUGUUAUCUACAGUGUCAAUAAAUCAAUUAAUCUUUGGUAAGACUUCCGCCCGUCUUCCGCCUACGAAAUAUAUUUAUUCCAGCAAUACCACAGCUGCGGACACCAGAAAUGGGCUUCACACGUUGUACCCAUGUGGGGAAUCGAACCCGGGUCUUUGGCGUGACGAGCGAACGCAUUAACCACUAGGCUACCUGAUCACACCUAUACAUGGAAGAAACACGCUAACUGUUUAGCUCUACAAGAACUCGCCAAGGACAAACCGGUUCCAAACAGUGUAACAAACCACACCACCAACUUCCUGAAGACCCUGCAGGGGAUAGACAAUGGGAUGGCGCUUCAGAUCAACUAUCUCACACAGUACUCCAACGCCAACGCCCAUGAGGGUUCUGUGUAUGGCCCCCAGAAAGAUCUCCACAUGGCAAUCCACAGAAUGCAGCAUGUGCGCAAGCUCCUUGAGAAGCUGGAUAACAUACGCAUAGACCAGACUAAAAGACAUCAAGGUCAAGUACAAGGUCAAACUCUAACUCAAGGUCAAAUUCAAGGUCAGCUUCACACUCAAGGUCAGCUUCACACUCAAGGUCAGCUUCACACUCAAGAUCAGCUUCAAACUCAAGGUCAGCUUCACACUCAAGGUCAGCUUCAAACUCAAGGUCAGCUUCACACUCAAGGUCAGCUUCACACUCAAGAUCAGCUUCAAACUCAAGGUCAGCUUCACACUCAAGGUCAGCUUCAAACUCAAGGUCAGCUUCACACUCAAGGUCAGCUUCAAACUCAAGGUCAGCUUCAAACUCAAGGUCAGCUUCACACUCAAGGUCAGGUUCCAGUGACUAAAACGUAUUCUUUGCCAGAACAGCGUAAAUGAUGACAACCUCUACGCCCCACGGAAGGAUGUGUGAACUUCACAGAUUUUCAGGAACAUGAUUCAGAAACUUUUCAUAAUUUAUUAUGAGGGAAGAGGAGGAGGGAUGAGGAGGAGGAGGAUGUGUCCCAGUAGUCUAGGGGUGUUCCAGUGGUCAAGGGGUGUCCCAGUGGUCUAGGGGUGUCCCAAUGGUCUAGAGAUGUCCCAGUGUUCAAGGGGUGUCCCAGUGGUCAAAGGAUGUCCCAGUGUUCAAGGGGUGUCCCAGUGGUCAAGGGGUGUCCCAGUGUUCUAGGGAUGUCCCAGUGGUCAAGGGAUGUCCCAGUGGUCAAGGGAUGUCCCAGUGUUCAAGGGGUGUCCCAGUGGCCUAGGGGUGUCCCAGUGUUCAAGGGGUGUCCCAGUGGCCUAGGGUUGUCCUAGGAGUGUCCCAGCGGUCUAGGGGUGUCCCUGUGGUCUCGGAUUGUCCCAAGUAAAUAGGGGUGUCCCAGGGGUCUAGGGAUGCCCCAGUGGUCUAGGGAUGUCCGAGGGGUCUAGAGAUGUCCCAGUGGUCUAGGGGUGUCCCAGUGGUCUAGGGGUGUCCCAGUUGUCUAGGGGUGUCCCAGUGGUCUAGAGAUGUCCCAGUGGUCUAGGGGUGUCAGUGGUCUAGGGUGUCCCAGUGGUCUAGGGAUGUCCUAGGGGUCUAGAGAUGUCCGAGUGGUCUAGGGAUGUCCCAGUGGUCUAGGGAUGUCCCAGUGGUCUAGGGGUGUCCCAGGGGUCUAGGGGUGUCCCAGUGGUCUAGGGGUGUCCCAGUGGUCUAGGGGUGCCCCAGUGGUCAAGGUGUGUCCCAGUGGUCUAGGGGGGUCCCAUUGGUCAAGGGGUGUCCCAGUGUUCUAGGGAUGUCCCAGUGGUCUAGGGAUGUCCCAGUGGUCAAUGGAUGUCCCAGUGUUCAAGGGGUGUCCCAGUGGUCUAGGGGUGUCCCAGUGGUCUAGGAAUGUCCCAGUGGUCUAGGGUAAUGUAACCUCAACCAUGAGCUUCUCUGCUUGUGAGAUACACCAAAGUGGAAAAUGUCAACUAUUUGUCCCGGCUCGGGAUCAGCCAAGCUGCCUGUCGCAUGUGUCUGGAGGCCAUCGUCAGGACCAUCUUAUGUACAAGGAUACCUGUAUCCUCUAGUCGUGUGACAUUUA